AUGGCCUACAUACAAAAUAUCUCGAUUUUGCUUUUCCUUCUUGCCGGUUUUUCCUGCCUUCAACUUUCACUAAUCGAGGCGAGGCAACUUAAACAGCUCAAUGAACAAGAAAAACACGACUUCCCAGCUACUUUUUCUGCCAAUGCUUCCCCUCAAAUUGUAGGACAAAAGCGCAUUCCCUCGCCAACGAAUCAAGAACACGAAAUCGACAGUUCGGAUGCAAGGGGUGUAAAUGAUUUUCGACCUCCUGGAAUUGGUCACUCUUUUCCAUCCCAAAAGGACAACGUUCAUGGAAAGACUGAUGAUUUUCGACCCACAGGACCCGGUCACAGUCCCGGUAUUGGUCAUUCUUUUGCAAACAAGACCAAAGGACCAAAUGCUUAA